AUGGUGGCAGCCCACGAGUGGAUCGCGCCCGGCGCGGCCGUCAGCACGUUUGAGAGCUACAUCUGGUCCUUGUACUGGGCCACGGUCACGUUUGCGACAGUCGGCUACGGCGACAUCCACGCCUACACGGCAGCGGAGGCGGUGUUCAUCAUCAUCGUCAUCAACCUCAACAUCUUCACGGGCGCUUACAUCAUCGGCACGGUCACGCUGAUGGUCACCCGCUCCGAUGAGGAGACGGGGCGGUACCGCGGCCAGCUCCAGGCCCUGAAGCAGUACGGCGCCACGCACGACAUCCCAAAGGACCUCCAAUCCGCCAUGAGGGGUCACCUGCGCCUUUACUACAGCUCCCAGGAGGGCAGCGACGAGCAGGCAGGCUCCAGGGGCCUCACCGGGGUGCUGGGUUCCCUGCCGUCUGCGUUGAGGCGGCGCGUGCUGCGCCACAUGUACCUAGGCGCCCUGCAGGACUCGUGGCUGCUGCUGGGCACCAAGCAGAAGUUUCUUGACGCCUUCCUGGCGGCUGCCAAGAUCGAGCACGUCAUGCCCAAGGUGGAGAUUGUGAGCGAGGGGGACACGGUCAAUGAGCUGAUGCUGCUGGUGGCGGGUGUCGCCAUGAUCGAGUCACCGCGCUCUGACAGCAGCUCCAGGACCGGGGAGCACGUAGUCCUGAGCCUGGACGGCGCGUCCGUCCACGGCGCCACCAUCAGAGAGCUGGGCCCCGGCGACCCGCUGGCUGAGAUGGCCUUCUUCACAGAGACAGCAAACCUGCAGAUUGUCCGCACGACCACCGUCUGCCGCGUGCUGAGCAUCAGCCGCACCGCCUACAUGGCGCUGGCAGCCAGCUUUCCCCUGUCGACAGAGAUCAUGCUCGACAACCUGCUGAACGAGGCCCAGGAGAUGGUGCGGCGCGCCUACAUCUCUGCCUUUGCGGCCGACGCCGCCGUGGAGAACCUGGAAGACGUCGACUCGCUGGCCCUGCGCCACGCCAGCCCAGAGCUCAUCGAAGGCAUGCUCGUCAGCGCCGCCCCGGCCGCCAAGCGCCAGCACGAGGCCGCCGCCGCCACCACUGGUGGCAACGGCGUUGGCGUCGGCGGCGCGGCGGCCACGGAAAAGCAGGGCCUGUAUCAGCAGCAGUCGAUGCGGCCGCGGCAGCAGAAGCAGCAGAUGGCGCUGUCCAACCUGGUGCGGGUGCGCAUGCUGGUAGAGGCUCAGAAGCAGAAGCUACAGCGCGAGAGGACGGCCGAGUUCCUGGAGGCCGCCAAACUCGGCAACACAGGGCGGCUGCGGGCGAUGCUGCAGCAGGGGCUGAGCCCCGACAGCUCUGACUACGACGGCCGCACUGCCCUCAUGCUGGCUGCCGGCCAAGGCCACCACGAGGCCGUGUCUGUGCUGCUGUCUGCUGGGGCGGACCCCAACGCCAAAGAUGCCUUCCAGGGCUGCCCCCUGGUGGAGGCGGCCAAGGGGGCGCAUGACGUCAUCGUCGACCAGCUGCUGGAGGCGGGCGCCAAGAUACAGAUGUCGCAGGUCACGUGCGCGUCUCAUCUGUGCACGUGUGUGUUUGAAGGAGAUGUGGCGCUCCUGCGCCGCCUGGUACACGGCGGGAUGGACCCCAACUCCGGCGAUUACGACGGCCGCACAGCCGCCCACAUCGCCGCCGCUGAGGGCUCCCUGGCUGCGCUGAAGAUGCUGGUGGAGGAGGCAGGGGCCGACCUGGCCGUGAGGGACCGGUGGGGCGCGACGCCCCUGGACGAGGCGCGCCGAGUGGGCGCGGCGGCGGUUGUGGCUUACCUGGACGCGCGCCUCGCCAGCGGGACACAGCCCGGUGGAGGCAGCAGCGGCGGCGACGGCAGCAGGUAG